GGGGUAUAAGGGCAGGCGGCCGCCGCCAUCUUUCUCUCGGCACCGCGCAGCCAUGGGACACCAGCAGCUCUACUGGAGCCACCCCAGGAAGUUCGGGCAGGGCUCCCGCUCUUGCCGCGUGUGCUCCAACCGCCACGGCCUCAUCCGCAAAUACGGGCUGAACAUGUGCCGGCAGUGCUUCCGCCAGUACGCCAAGGACAUCGGGUUCAUCAAGCUGGACUGAGCGCCGGGAGGAUGAGGCCAUAGCCGGGAGCUCCCAGGGCCUCCCUGACACAUCUGCAGCGUCUCGGCUCAGCCUUGCUUAAUAAAUGAUCUCCCAACCCA